CCACAGUGCCAAUUGCAAGUGUUGAGUGAAGAAAGUUGUAUUUAAGACAACGCCAAACACAAAAUAUUUAGCAAAGCAAAUAAAUCCUAAAGAGCCGCUUAACUGCAGCUAAACACAAAAAGCCAACACACAAAUCAUUAUGAAGCUGCUUGGCCUGAGCCUGUUGUUGAUUGCCACGCUGCCGCUGCUGUGCCACGCAUAUCCCACAGCAGCCAGUUCGGCAGACAAAUCGCUGUCGUUAUCACUGGAGGACACGGAUCUGGACAACGAGCAGGGCGAAAGCAUUAAGGAGUCACAGAUUGCCAAGCGCUCGGGCAGCUUUGACUAUGUGGCUCAUCUCAAGUCCGGUCUGCUGUCCAGCAUUGGUCAAGCAUCCGCUUCCAUAGCCUCGGGCAGCUCAGGUGGCAGCAGCGGCGGCAGCGGUGGCCACGAUAGCUACAAGUCCCAUGAGCUUGUCGUACAUGGCAACUCGGUGGACUAUGAUCCUUGGUCGUUCAAGAAGUCCGUGCUCAACACCAUUUUCCAAGCGGUCAAGGCGAUUACUGGCGGCGUCACUGCGCUCAAGGGUCAGCUGAUCAAGGGCAGCGGCUAUGCGUUAAGCGCUGGCGGCAAUCUGGUUGCUGCCGGCGGCGACAAGGUCACCGACGUGGGCAAGUCCAUCAUCAACUCAGCGCACAUUAAUUCGCAUACCUAUGCCACUAGUCAUGGCGGUGGAGGCGGCGGCGGCGGCGGCGGCGGCGGCAGCGGCUUUGUGCAUCCAUUUGCCAAGCUCAGCUCGCUGUCGGGCGCUUCGUCGGGCGGCAGCAGCGGCGGUAGCAGCGGUGGCCAGAAGCACUCAUCGUCGGCGCCAGGUCCAGUGCUGCAUAGCGAGACCAUCACCACAUACGAGAUACCCAGCGGUCAUGCCAACUAUGGACCGCCCUCAAAGCCGCCCAGCUUCAGCAGCGCUACACAUCAGUAUCUCCCACCAGUGGGUGGCAGCUAUGGCGGCGGUGCGCCCUUCAGUGUGGGACAUGCUGCCUUCGAGGCACCACAGAGCAACUACUUGCCCUCUGCCUAUGGACAGGAUGUCGCCAGCGCUGGCAGUGACGACUUCAACAUCUAUGGACGCCAUAAGAAACUCACAGACCAAGAGGCACGCAAGGCUGCCUUGCAGCUGCAGGAAAUCCUAGCUAUGUUGCCCGACGGCAAGACGGAGUACACUGCAUCCAAGACGGUUGCUUUGGACACAAGCUCGCUGCCCACGGGCGGCAAUCAGGAGCAGGCGGAAUUAUACAACAGCUAUGGCGUGCCGCUGCCACAAAAUCUGGGCACCUUGGAAUCGCUUUCGCAUACAGAGUCUAUAACUGCGGCUUAUGCGCCAGCCAAGGGCGCUGCAGAUACUUAUCAUCAAAUGGCCAAGCGACCACAAACCGCUGAGGAAGCUUAUAUACAAAAGCAUCCCAAUGAGGGCUACGACUAUCAGGCGCCAGCAGCUGUGCCAAGUGCAGCGGCCGUUAAAGAGUACAGAGUGGAAAAUUAUCAUGCAAGCAUGAGUAAUGCGCUUAAGGACUUAACGCCCAUCAUUGCUGCCUUGGAGGUGGCCAAGCGUAAAGGCCCCGUAAGCAGUGGUCCGCCUAGCUAUGCAAUUGAAAAACAGGUGCACAAACAGGUGUCACCGUUUCAGUACUUACCACCGGUGGUGCAAAAGUCCAAAUAUAUUUACAACGCACCACCGCCAGCAGCGCCGCAUGCUCAACGUCCGAGCUACGGCGGCGGCUACAAGGUGCGACGUCAUGUUUCCAGCAAACGUGACAAGUCCAUGUCGCGCGCCCAGGACUAUGAGAUACAGGACCCGCUGAUGUUUAAUCGCCUGCUAGAAGUGUAAAGCGCAGAACGCUGAGCAAUGUUUAGUGCUAGUCCUCUAUGUCAUAUUUUCGCAUUUAUCUAUAGUUUGCUUUAACAUUAACUUAUUUCAAUUUAUUUAUUUAAACAACAC